AUGUGUCAACUUUUUCUAUUUAAUGCUGCACAUCCACACUUUUUACUCGACAAGAAUGUCAGAGACUUCGCCAUUCAGACGACAACUGGCGCCUCUGACCGAUGCUGGGCCUACGAUCGGCGUCGAUUUGCCCAACUCAAAACCAACUACAAAGCCCUCAUCAGCGUGACCACCGAUCUGCUCGAUCUGCUGGAGGCUGGCAUUCGUGGCCAACACCUCGAUCCGGGCGUACUACCGCGAAUCUGUUCUCGCCUGCAGGCUGUGCAUGAGCACAACUCUCCUCCGGACGACGACAUCGAGAUGGAAAGUGAUCUUGACGGAGAGGAUACGGAGGCGAAAGACGUAGGGUUGUCAGGUGCCACAAGAAAGGGGGUGCAAAAGCCGAUGGAGGCUUGUGUGAAUCGGGGCGCAGCCACGGUGGGGGAUGAAUAUGAAGCUAGCAAAGACCGCUCUCACGAAGACUCGUUCAGCUUCGAGAAUGGGCAAUCGGUGGGUGCGACCGGCGAGUGGGCUGCAGAGAGUGGCGUCGAGAAGGGACUGGCGGCGCAAUUCGACGGCCUUCGUGUGAUUCGUAUGGAGGCUGUGCCCACCUUUUGCGCGUCUGUCGGGCCAAAUGGGUGUGCCGAGUUGACCUCUCUGGUCGACGAAGUGAGACGCUCUUUCCAUUUGGAUGACUCAAACAGGCAUACAGCCAGGGCUGUCGAGUCUCCGGACUUCAUUGAGCCGAACAGUGAGGCACAAGAGGUGAUGAACUCCGACGGAGAGGAGGUAAAAAGGCCGUUCACUAGUGGUGGUUGCGUGGCCAAUGUGUCUAGGCAUGAUGCCCUGAUUUUGAUGAUGUCUCCGACGGAAGCUGAGCACGUCGACAGCCGGAUCGAGGACACCGUCAACCAAGAGUUCUAUCGAAGCCAACCGAGGGCUGUCGUCUUUUGGUGGGAUCCAUCCUCAAAUCUCUUCAUCACACACCUUACCUCAAAAUGGAAAUGA